AUGGCCAUUUCACCUCGUCUUAUUGAAUAUGGUUUGAAAGCUGCUGGGAUUGUCACUGCUGUUUUAUGCUUUUCAAUGGGAGUUGUUUGCAUGAUCUCAAUAUCAGCGCAGUGCAUUAUUGGUGGACUUUUCCUAAUUUUAAUUGGUAUAGUCGUCAUAAUAUUUGAAGCCCCAAUAUGUUGUUCCAUGAUACCUCAAUUGCAUAAAUUCAAUGAAUUCAUUGAAAAACGAUCCCCAAUUGAAAAGUCGAUUUUCUAUGGAAUUGCAGCCAUUUUACCAAUGAGUUUAUGUUUUGGAAUUUCUACACUUUUUUGUGGAUUAGCUUUAGCUGGAUGUUGUGCAUUUAAUGUCUGGAGGAUUUUUAAGGAAAGACGCAGUGGACAAGCAAAUCCAGUUGGCGUUGGUUCUGAGCAUCAUACUCAAUACGCUGCAGGUGAAUCACAACCUCCAACAUUUCAAGGUGGAUAUGGUGAGCAACCAGGAUUUCGGGAUCAUUUAAUCGAAAAAGCUGCUGUCGGUGCAGUAAAAGGUGUGAUUGGUGGUCCGGGCAGUGGUGGUUAUCCAGGAACGGGUUAUUCGGGUACUUAG